UUUACGCGCAAAACAAGUCAAGAGCGCACACACGGCAGGCGGAGAAAGAGGAGAGACAAUAGACAAUAGUGUGGGUCAUCAUGGUAUUUAGAUUCCUGUGGUCGUAGGGUUAAAACAUGCUGACCGGACUGUGAGAUACAGGUGAACGAUCUGUGACACGCGCGUGUUCCUUUACUGGCCCGAAACUUUCCUCCACGUUUUAAUGUUGCCAACCGAGAUUUCAGGAGGAGUGUGUUUCACCUCAAGCGAUCACACUGAGGGAAGGAGUGAAGGGAUGAAAACAGAGGAGACACAGCAGUCCUGUCUGCAGCAGCCUCCAUCCUCGACGCCUUUUGGUCCUGAGUACAGGCGCGGGGGUGAGGUGUGCGCGGGCUGCGAGUCUCCCAUCGCAGACCGCUUCCUGCUGCGCGUGAACGAGCGGUCCUGGCACGAGACCUGCGUCAAGUGCGCCGUGUGUUUGAGCACGCUCACCGGGACAUGUUACUGCAGGGACCGACUGCUGUACUGCAAGCACGACUAUGAGAAGCUGUUCAUAAGGAAGUGCAGUGCCUGCCUGCAAGUGAUUGGACGUUCAGAGUUGAUCAUGCGUGUGCUAGGCCAGGUGUACCACCUGGGCUGCUUCAGCUGCUGUGAGUGUGAACGCCGACUGCAGAGAGGUGAUGAGUUUGUGCUGAAAGAAGGCCAGCUGCUCUGCCGCAUGGACUAUGAAAAGGAGAGGGAAAUGUUGGCUGCUAUCAGUCCUACACCCACAGAAUCAGUGAAAAGUGAGGAUGAGGACGGUGGAGGGGGCUCUGGUGGGGGGAAAGGUGGUGAUGAAGGCAAGGAGCACAAGCGUUCCAAACGACCACGUACCAUCUUGACCACACAGCAGCGCCGGGCUUUUAAGGCCUCUUUUGAAGUGUCUGCUAAGCCCUGUCGCAAGGUGAGAGAGACACUGGCUGCUGAGACAGGACUGACGGUACGAGUUGUGCAGGUGUGGUUUCAAAACCAGAGAGCAAAGAUGAAAAAGAUCGCUCGUCGACAGCAACAACAGCAGCAGCAGCAGCAGCAGGAACAAGAGCAGCUGGGAGGAUCCAGGAGAGGACAGAGUAGAGGGGGCCGUCAGAGCAAUGACGACAGUGAGGACGGAUCCAGCACUCACGGCAUGGAUGGGAUACUGGGAUAUUCCACUCUACCACGUCAGCAACUACUUGCCCUGGACCCAAAUAUCUACGGUGGAGAUCCGUUUCGACAUGGGCUUACACCACCCCAGCUAAACAAUGAACAGCUCCACUCCUAUGUUGUGCACACUCUCAAUCUCUUCACUCUAGACUCAGAGACAGUAUUUCACGAUUUGGACAGCGACGGAAGCCUCAGUCACCUUGGCGACUGCCUCUUAGCAACAGGGGAUGGUGGUCUCCUGCCAGGGCGUGUGGGAAACCCCAUCGACCGUCUCUACUCCAUGCAGAACUCCUACUUCACCUCUUGACCCUUAUAAACUCUUACCCUUUCCCCUCCCGGUCCACCCUUCACCUCAGAGAUGCAGCUAAUGGAGUCAGUCCAUCAACAUGCCUGUGGGACCACUCAACCUGAAAUAGCUUACACCCAAACACACUUCUGAGCUUUUUUCACAGGCCAAGGCAUUGUCGUGAUAUCAAUUUACCACUGAUUUGCAUUACGUUCCUAUCAUUGUUUCUAGAUAACAAUCACAUGCUGGAAAAACAGACACUGUAAAUGUCCAAAAUGUUAAGGACCUCAAUUUCGCUUGUUGUACUUUUGUGACGUUCAUUGAAACACAUUCUGUGGCACUUCCAACAUAACUGACAACUCUUAUUGUGUAUAUCAUGAAUUACAGAUAAAAAGUGGUUGUUGAAAGUGAAAUCAUCAAUCAACUUCAAUGUAUUUAGUCUUUGCAGGUCUUAUGCGCAGCUAAGGGUCUAUUUUAAAUUAGUAUGUUGUAUUCUUUUUUUGGGACUAGUGAUUAAUUAUUGUACGAGAAAGAAUGCAGCAUAUACAAUAUUGUAUAUGAAUUGGCGUACAAUUUUGCUCUCAGGUUAGUGUGUAUGUUUAUGUAACCUGAGCAAAAACUCAGGAUACUGUGCUGGAUGGGAUUACAACUUAAUUCACCCAAUGAUUUUGAGAAGGCAGAUUGUAACAUGGAGGAAACUCUCAGUGUAAAAUUAUCAUUUCAAACCACAUAAGUUUUUGUUAAUGCAUGGUAUAAUAUGGACCAAAAAUCUAAAAAAAAAAAAGAAUCAUUUUUAUUAGCCUUUAGGAAACACUACAGGGUCAUUUGAAGAGCCUUAUGCGGACACAGGGUUGUACAAGUAAUUAUUGCUUUAGCUUUCCCUUCAAUUUUAUCACCAAGAAGCAGUACAGCAAAUAACCAAUAGAUAUAUAAUACCUAAAAGUUAGGACACAGGAUACAUGAUGAUGUACUCCAAAUGUAAAUGUGAGUAUGACUGUGUUACAGUUAAUUGUUGUAGUCACUUUCUGUAACAAUUUCUUUUCCAAACAUUGCAAAUUGUUGUUAGGUAGAUAUUUUGUAAUUUUUUCUGUGAUAAUCAGCAAAUAUUUAAACUGUAGCAUGAUAUCUGUGUGUCACAAAGUAGGUCUAAGGAAAACGCCUCCAAACUGAGGCUAAACAAAGAGUCGGGAUGCAACUCAACAAAUGCAAAAUGAAAUAGGAUUAGGGUCGUACCCAUAUCAUAUAAGUUCUCCGUGAUUGGCUACAGUCUGUGGCAUUCCUUCAUGACGUUAUGUUCGACUCUGAUCACAGAGUCAUGGUAAUUUUAAAGUGAUAUUUUUGUGAAUGUAACUUAUUUGUGUGGUACUAGGCGAGGUCCUGUUUUACAUUUUUUUGUUCAGUGACUGCCAGGUGAUGUGCUUUGAAUGUAAUAUUGCCGUAUCUUCAAUACAAUCUGCGGUUUCAUCUUUGAA